AUGCCACAUAAAUCGGGCAAUCACCAGCGCUACCUUCCCGAGAAAACAAAAAAUGCGCCCAUCUUCCCGCCCGACGUUGAUCUGGAAGAGAGCAACAGCGAGGCCGGCGCGCUACAGCCCGUGAGCGAACCGAAGCAGCCAGAAUGGGAGGGCUUCGGCGAGGAAGACGAGGCGAAUGGCAGCGAAGAGGAGGAGCAAGAAGAGGAAGAAAGCGACGAUGACAGCAUACAAAUCCAGCUGGAAACAGAGCAAGAGAAGCCCAUCUUGCCAAAGGACGCGGAAGAGGAGGAGCUUGAGCGCAUGAUCUUCGGAGAUUCGGCAGGCUUCAAGCAGGGUCUCGAGGACUUUUCACUAAAGAGAACUGCCGGCGCAUACGGCGAUGUCUCGGACGAGGAUCAGGACGACGACGAAGACCUCGAGGGUGUGGCCGACCAGGACUUGUUUUUCUUCGAUGCCGGCCCAGUCGCUGCACCUGCUGGUUCGGCGCCUAUCUCGAAAGCGGAAGAGACAGAGGAUGAAGACGACAAGCCGGCAUGGGACGACAGCGACGACGAGCGACUGGUUGUGAGCUUGGCCUCAGUGCCUCAGCUGCGGAAGCUGCGCGAGACACUCGAUGACGAUAUGGUCAAUGGCAAGGAAUACUCUAGGAGGUUGCGAAGACAGUACGAGAGAUUGUACCCAACGCCCGACUGGGCCAUGCACGCGACUGGCAAAGCAAACAAGAAGAGACGGCGGACCAUGGAUGACGAUGAGAGCGGCGCAGAAUCAGCGAGCGACAUGGACAUGGACGACGAGGACUUGUCUUCGCAGCCACUGGCCAAACUUCUGAAGGACGCAGAUAUCCUCUCACGUAAUGCAAGAGGGCCGGCAAAGAAGAGGAAGUUGCAGGCUGGCACUGUUGAUAUCGCAGCGACUGAAGGAUGUCAUGAAAUCAGCACCUACUCGCGCAUAUUCUUGAGUGCUCGGCGUCGCUACUUCCACGUCUGGAACAUUGCGAUGGCAGGAAAAGUUGAGAAGGUCUCCCGUAUAUACGGCCACCAGCAUGAGCAACGGACCAUGGAACACUUUUCGCUAUCACCGAAUGGCAAAUACAUGGCCCUGAAAGGUUCGUCCAGAAAAGGCGGUGGUGUCAUCAACAUACUGGACGCUUCCACAAUGCAGUGGGUCACACAGGCGCGCAUCGAGUCGAGAGGCGGUGUCGCAGACUUCGCCUGGUGGCAGAAUGGACAAGGACUAGCUAUUGCAGGAAAGAAUGGCGAGGUGACCGAGUGGAGUGUCGAUAACGGCGUCGUUGGAAGAUGGACCGAUGAAGGCGCCGUAGGCACGACUGUCAUCGCGCUCGGUGGCAAGAGUGGACGUGAUAACUGGAUCGGGGGCGACCGAUGGGUGGCAGUCGGAAGCUCGAGUGGCGUCGUUAACAUCUACGACCGAAGAGCCUGGCGUGAAGCUGUCGUAGACGAUAACGCAUCAGAUGCAAACAGUGGCAUUCCCAAAGCGCCGAAGCCAGUGCGCGCGUUAGGGAACUUGACGACACCAACCUCACACCUCACAUUCUCGCCGGACGGGCAGGUGUUGGCCAUGGCAAGUCGAUGGAAGAACGGUGCGAUGAGGCUCGUUCACCUGCCAUCUGCGACGGUGUUCAAGAAUUGGCCCACAGAGAAGACACCCCUGGGGCGCAUAACUUCGGUUGCAUGGGGACGUCCAAGUGAGGACGAGGAGAGAGAAGGAAGCUUUGCGCUGUUAGCUGUUGGUAGUGAAGCCGGUCACGUUAAGAUGUGGGAGGUGAGGGCUUGA